ACUUGCAUCUGCGCAGGUCCUCGUCCCGAUUCGCGUUGAAAAAUCAUCCAUUGACGUUCAAAUUUCUCAUAACAUGAUAUUCUAUCAAAAGUGCGAAUGGUAGUUCAAGCGCUGCGAUCGUUAGUAAAGAACCAGGCAGAAUGGCUCAUCUUGGUGACCAAGAUGCAGAUCAUCAUUGUGGGAGAAAUUCCGGACGACCAGCGUCCAGGAGCAACAAGGAAGCCUCGAGUGCGACCAUAUUGGGAGCCGUGCGGACGCGGUCGUGGAAGGAGUGGCUGCUGGGCGUGGUGGCUGAACGGUGCGGCAGCGAUCAUCCCCUAGUCGCGUCUGACUUGGAGCGGUUGACGAAUCAGAAGCGCGAGUGGUACCAGCAGCAACGAAAGCUUAGCGAGAGGGGCUCCGAUGGAGGCGAAGAGGCGUUCAUCGAGCAUUUUCUCGUCGUUGGCUUGCACCCGGGAACCGACUUGACAGCUGUGGAAGAGGCUUCGUUGCAUGACUUCAAAAAUAGGAAUCAAGUGAAAGGGCCCAAGGAAGAGGGUAGUAGCAGGCUUCCCAGUAGUCUGCUUCACGCCGCUGGCAGUGGAAGCAUCGACAGCUCGCGCAGCAGCAUCUGCAGCACGUGCAGCAGCAGCGGCUGCUCCAACAGCAGCAGCAGCAGCGGUGACAGCAGUUGUAGGCCUGUGAACAGGCCGAGCAUGUAUGAACCGAGCAGUGGGGUAGGGGUGUAUCCUGGGCCCAGCAGCACGAGCUGCACGAGUCUAGCCUCAACCAGCGGAGGAGGCUUGAAGGUCGAGUCUCCAAAUGGCUCGAACCAUGGCCAGAGGCACGUGGCAGAUGCCGUUCUCGCUGGUGGGAACAAAGUUAUGGGAGGGGCGUAUGACAAUAGGGGGAGCAUCGCGAGCAGCCUUGGCAGGGUGGCCAGCAGUGCAACACGGCUGACUAGCCGCUUCAGCAGCCUGUUUCGCGACAGCCUAGUAGCAGGGAACACUCCCAGAGACAGCUUUAGCGGGAUGAUGGGGUGGAGAGCUUGUGGGGAGGCUGGCACGAACGCAGCUGCUGGCAGCAGGAGCAGCAGCGUGAGCUGGGUGGUCAAGGCUAGGGAAUCCGCUGCAACUGCUGCGGCCACUGCCGCAUCGGCUGCUGCUGCUGCUGCCUCGCUUGCUGCUGCUUCAGCUGCCAGUCUGGCGAGGCUGGAGACUAAGGAACUGGUGGACUGUGAGACUGAUGGGGAAGAGGAGAUGGCGCAGGAUGAGAGCUCCAAGGUUCAGCUGGAACCACAGCUGCUGUUCAAGUUCCCCCCAGGCAAGAAGCUCGCUCUCUCCCCAUCAGACCUCCCGGGGUUCUGCUUUCCUAACGGGAUCAAGGCCACUGUGCUGCGCCGAAGCCCUUCCAUGAGCGACCUGCACCGAGUCAUCUUCGGACAGGCAUAUCAGCGCUCAGACAACUCUGCGUUUGUCUUCCUUCUCAAGGUGGCGAACAACACGACGCUGUACGGGGUGUGCAUGGUGGUGGAGGAGAUAGUGCAGCGCCCACCCGGCGUGCUCGCAGUGGCGGGCGACGGGGCCGUGUGGAGGGACGCUGACGACGCUGAUGCGCCCACACACAUGCAUGGGGGAAGAGAUAUGGCUCUGGAGGAGGGGGGGGUGCAAGGGGAGGAGAUGGAUGCGGGGGGAUAUGGGGGAGGCAGGGGGCGGGCGUUGCGGUGUGUGGUGACGGCGCCGCGAUGCUACUGCAUUCUGAGCCGCGUGCCGUGCAUUGAGCUGCACUUUGAAGUGCUCAGAAGUGUGCUGGUGCAGGAGCGGCUGGACCGCAUAAAGCAGCACAGCGGCACCAUGGCCAUGUCCAGGGGCCUCUCCACAUCCACGUCCAACCGCGUGUCCCGAACUGCCAGCAUGAAUGCUCCCUCCAUGAGAGGCCGCACUGAUGGCACGGCUGCUGCUGCUGCUGGUGCCGCUGGCGCUGCUACUGGUGCUGCUACUGGUGCUGGUCGUUGUGGCGCUGCUGGUGGUGGUCCUGUUGCGAAGGGCAGCAGUGGUCUGGUUAGGGCCAAGAGCAGGUUUUGCGAGGAGGAUGUGGCAGCAUGGAGGGAGGAGAAAGGGGAGGGAGGGGAGGCGCCGGCAACAGCAGCAUGUUCGUCUGAGACAAGGCGUGUGCUAGAGGAUGGGAGGGGCGACAGUAGACGGGGACCACGAAGUCGACAUGUGGCGAAUGGGAAUGAGACGGUGGUGCAAGGGGGAAAACAAGGGAGCCAUCGUGGGAUUGCGGAGCUGCAUGGGGGGCCACAGCUGCACUUGAACACAGCAGCCACUGGCGCUCAUCCCGCUGCCUGCACCCGCAGCAGCAGCAGAAGCUACGCUCCAGAGGGGGAAGAAAGAAGGGCUCGACUUGAAGGGGCAGCAGCUGCUGGUGGCUGUGGUGUGUUGAACGCUGGUUUGGCAGCAGGCAAGGGGGAAUCUGGGCGGAAGGGGGCGCGGGGCGGAGGGCCGCCGGGAAUGAUCCGCGUGCGGAGUGUUAGGCUGGCAGGCAGCGGAAUCGGCGGCUUGCGCAACGCCUUCCCUGCUGCCCCAGCUGCAGCGGAAGCCGACAGCUCUGCUAAUAGCGAGAAUGACCUUAACGAGGAUAGUUCUGAAGGGAGUGACGACGGGAGCGAGAAGAGGGGGAGGAGGCGGCGGCGGGGAGGGGAGGAAGCGGGCAUUGCGUUGGAUGUGGUGGGCCGAGGGAAACUGCCAACAACUGUUUCGGAGCUUGCGUGCGCCGCAGGCGAGGGAGGGAGGGAAGGGGACGGGGAGGCAGAGGGAGAGGCAGAGGCAGAGCCAGGGGCAGAGGGAGAUGGGGAGAAGCGAGAGGAGGGAGAAGAGGAUGGGGAGCGCAUGACGAGCAGCGAGUUGGCGUACGACGAGGAGGAGAGGCUGCUGCGCGAGGUGGCGGAUAUUCUAAAUCUCUGGGAGAAACGGGGAGAGCGGGGGAGCGCCGGUGGAAGCAGAGAGGAAGCGGCGGGCGGGGAGGAGUCAGAGGCGCAAGAUUGGACUGCAGGCGGGGGGCGGAGUGCGGGGAACGGGGCGGACGGGGAGGCUGAGCGAAGAGAAACCGGGGAGGAAGAAAAGGGAAGAAGACUCUUGGAGGGAGGAAGAGGCAGAAUCCGAGAGGGGAAUGCGGGCGAAGACUGGAGCAGCGGCGAGCACGGGAGCGGCAGGAGCAGCGGCAGCAGCAGCAACAGCACCAGCACCAACAUGCGGCCUCUUGAUUGGUCGCGGCGAAUGCGGAGGAGCACGUCGCUUGCGAGCAAGGUAAAGAAAGCGUGGAGGAGCGUCGGCGAGGGAGGAGGGCUCGAGGCCGGCAAGUGGAGGGGAAAAAUCGUCCAGGUCGCCAGAGGUGUCGUGGAUAACGGGUCCCGCUAUAACGCGGACGGCAGCGCGAGAGGGGACCGAGCGCGCGGGAAAGCGAGCGCGGAAGAUGGGGCGGGAUGGCGGGAGUGGGAGGAGUGGGGUUGGGAGUCCGCUAGUACGAGGAACGGACGGGGCGAGAGGUGCGAGAGCGCGAGGGAGGGAGGGAAGGCGACGAGCGGCAACGUGUUCUCGGGGCUGCCAGGGCUGUUCCGCAACCUGACGACGACCGACGCCAGGCAGGGGGAGGUGGAGGGAGGAGAGUGUGGGGGAGGGAGUGCAGCAGGGCGGUGUGAGUGUGAGGGCGGGUGUAGGGAGGUGUGUGAAGUGAGUGAGCCGCAUGGGCAGGGGGGAGCGGAGGAGUGCGGGGAGGUGUGUCCGGGCGAGGAGGACAGUGUGGAGCAGGAGGAGCGGGAGAUGGUGCGCGAGAUGGGCGGCCAUGGCGCCCUCGCAGGGGGGGACUAUGGGGCUGCUGCUGUGGAGGAAUGGGCCCGGCAACACGGCAACGACUCGCUGCGCAUCGUGUGUGCCUACCACUGCCUGCCCCUGCCCCCUCCCGCCCAACCCAUUGUCUUCCACCCCCUCCCCCACCACCAACCCAUCGUCUACUCCCGCCCUAUCCUCCCCCUCCCCCGCUCCCUACACCCCCUCUCCACCUCCUCCUCCUCCCCCUGCUCCCCCUCUUCCCAUCCCACCUUGCCCUCCUCUCUGCUCUUCUUGCAUAUGCCUGCUGUUGUGGCGGAGCACCAAGCCAACUUGGAGGAAGCUCUGGGAUUCUCUCCCUUCUCCAUCAUCUCUCUCUGCCGCUGCCUCUCCCUUGACAAUGUUCUGCUGGUCCUUGCAGCAGUGCUGCUUGAGAAGCAGCUGGUCGUCAUCUGCCCCAACAUGAGCCUGCUCUCCUCGGCAGUGCUCGCCAUCGUGCCGCUCAUCCGCCCCUUCAUCUGGCAGUCCGCCCUUCUGCCGGUCCUCCCUUCCCAGCUGCUGCCGUUCCUCGACGCCCCAGUGCCCUUCGUGGUGGGUCUGCAGGCCCCCAUGGCGUGUGUGAGGGAGAGGACCUCCUCCCUCGUUAUAGUAAACCUCGCUAAGAACAAGGUGUCUCUGCCCUGCGACCUGCCUCUGCUGCCGGAGCACCAAGACCUGGCGGCGUGCUUGCUGCCGCACCACUCUGCCAUGGCAGGGGAUGCUGAUGCUGCCACACGACUCGUCUUCCGCACCACUCCAGAACAGGCCCGAGCGGCGGAGCACUUCCAGGCGAGUCUGGUGGCGUACUUCCAGUCCUUUUGUGCCUCCAUCCGCAGCUACACCGUCACCGCCAUCGGCACCACGGGGGAGAGAGUGCCUGUUCUGCUCAAGGAUGCGUUUGUCAACUCCUUCUCACCCAAGAGCCAGCCAUUUUUCAAGCUUUUCUUUGAGACUCAGAUGUUUUCAGUCCACAGUGACAAGCUGCUUGCCUUCCCCGAAAUGGGAGCCAAACCGAAUUUUGGCGAAGCAAGUGGGCUGUGAGUGCUGUACAGCAAGCCGCCAUGUUAGCAUACUAGGUUGAUAGGUGGUGGUUGACUUUGCAUAGUAGUGUAUGGUCCAUGGUGGUUGAUUUCUUGGAUAUGCACCACAAGCGAUUGCCAUCAGGAGGACCCUGCCUUACUGCCCAGAUUAAACACACUAGGUUCAUAUCCAUCCUGGUCAAGCAACAAGAGAAUUGUUGAAUCGUGGAUUGUUUGAAUAAACAUAUUCUCAUAGC